AUGUCGUUUCUCACGCACCCUUUCUUCCUCCUCGCCAUGUCUCUCCGGCCAGAAGAGCUCCCGAUCGACCAGCGGAAGCACAUCAAAAAUGCCCCCAGGCCCAUCUCACCAGCCGUCCUCCCGAAGCUUGUCCAGACCUUCGAGACUCCCGAGCCCCCGGAUACCACAGAUUGGCCGGUCUGCUACAAGUGCGACCGCCCGUUCAGCACCGAGCUCGCACUGCGUCACCACCUCGCGUCCGUGUUCCACCACACCAAGGCGCACACAACAGCCGCGGAAGAUGUGCCGGCCAGCGAGGAGAGCUUGGCGUGUGAGAUUUGCGUGGAUAGGAAGGUGUUUAAGUCGGCGCUGGCACUGCGGAUGCACGCCGUCAACGGGAACCAUACGCGCCAGGUGUACAAGGCGCCGGAGGAGGUAGAGGCGCUGCCGGCGUCGGGCUGGGGGAAGCCCAUGACGAGCCCAAAUUUUCCUGUCAAGGAAAUCAGCGCGGAGGAUACGAGGGUAGAAGAGGCGCUGAGGAGGAUCGCGGAGGAGAUUGGGAAGACGAAGAGGGUCAAUUUUUCGGAUGCCAUGUUGGCUGAGAUUGAUACGGAGGUUGAGGAGACGCAGGUUCUCAUUCUCUCCGCCACACGCGAUCUCGCACUGCUCGUGCACACGCUGCUGGCCACGCGCUGCGCAAACUUCGGCAUAACGACGUAUGCCUGCGUUGGCGGCACGGCAAUCCAGGACGACAAGAUCUCGCUGUCGGAGGGCCCCCAUAUCGUGUCGGGGACGCCGGGGAGGGUGUGUGACAUGAUACGGCGGCGGGCGCUGCGCACGGAUGGGAUUCUUCUGCUGGUGCUUAAUAAGGAGGAGAUGCUGCUGAAUAGGAGUAUGUGGCCGCAGCUGGCGGCGGUGUAUGGGCUGUUGGAUGUGGAUACGAAGGUCGUGAGGGCGAGUGUGAGGGUGAGGGAGGGGACGGUGUGA